AUGUCGUUCUUCGGAUUCGACACGACGCUGCCGGGUGAUAGACCCGGCGGCAACCGGGGAAUUUUUGAGACCCCCGACCCCUUUGCGGAGGUCGCUCGCGCCCAGCUGGACGCCCGCCACGACGACGACGACGACGACGCGAUUGAUUUCGAAGAUACGUACGACGGACUGGGCGACCAACUCGACGAUGACCAGGAUGCCUUCAACGACGAUACCUUUGGUGGCGGCGGCGGCGGCGGCGGCGGCGACAGCGCCCCCGUGGGCAAAGACUUUGACUUCUUUGGAAGAACCGCGCAGGUGUCAGAUGUGAUCGGCGAGGAGCAGGUUCGCUACAGCUUGCAGCAUCCUCAGGCUGUCGCCGGGACGAGCGCCGUGGCGGCUGCUCCUGUAGCGGCGGCGACAGCCACGGCGACGGCGAGCAUGCAAAAGGCCCGGCGUACCGGUUAUGAGAAAUACAGUGACCCCGAUUUCAUUCCAGAUCUGCAGGCCAAGUCAAGCGUUUGGGGCUACACGCAGAAACACCCGGCCGUUGUUGAGCCGGUCGCCCCCGCCCCCGCCCCCGCUGCCCAGGCGAUCAUGACGAUGCAGCAGGCGAGGAAGAUGAUGAGUCUGGAGGAGGUGGAAGCGCAGCUUCGUAACCAGGUGCAACGUCCCCAGAUGGCCCCUCCGGCUGUCUCCCGGGCCCCGGAAUUCCCUCAGCAGCUGCAACGACCCCCGCAGAUGCCGGUACUCCCUGACGGCUUCCCCCAGCUUCCCCCCGCCGAGCUGUUGCGACUCGAACAACAGUAUCAGCAGCAGCAGGCUCAGUUUGCCAAUUCUGGCCUACCUUCGAAGCAGAUGAUGCACCACCAGCCGCAGAUGAUGCCGGAACCACAUUCCAUGCACGCGCAUGUACCCCCCGCAGCGUCGAUGCAUGCUAUGCCCGCCCAGAAUGCCCCUCAGCAGGUCGCGCAACCCCCGCGAGGCACUCAGCAGCCACAGCACGCGGCUCGCGGAUCUAACGGCGCUCUGCCAAUGAUCACCAACCCGCAACAGCUGAUGAACCUGACGGAGAAGCAACGCGUGGCAUACCUGGUAGAAGACGCUAAGCGCGCCAAGCGGAACCACAAAAUCUUUCUGCUCUCCAAGGGCAAUGGGCUGAUGACGCCCCAGGACAAGAAUUUCAUCACUCGGAUUCAGCUGCAGCAGUUGGUGGCCGCGGCCGGUAACAUGGGAGAUUCGGACCCGGAGGCCAUUCUGUCGGAGGAUUUUUACUAUCAGGUGUACAGCCAGAUCCGAGGUGCUCCUCGCCAGCACCCGCAUCAGCCGCUGGGACAUUUCGCGCAGACGUAUCUCUUCCAGACGGGCAACCGGCCAAGCAGCCACGGCGGUCGGCGACAGUUCCAGAGCGCAGACAAUCACAUGCAGCGCAUGCAGCAACAGGUGCAGCGGGCGGUGGAAGCCGCCAAGGCAAAGCCGAAAAACAAGCAGCUGAUCAUUGAGGGCAGCCUGGGUAAGAUCUCGUUCAGCAACGCCAAGGCACCCAAGGCCAUCCUCAACAUCAAGCGGCCCGACAGCGCGGACGGGAUCAAGCCGGUUCACAAGAAGCCUCACACGGAACUGUCAGUGAGCGACCGCAAAUCGAUACUGACGAAUGUCGAGAACGUCUAUGAUGCCCUGAUGAUGAUGGAGGACAUGGAGCGCACCAUGCCGCCGCCACCGGAGGAGAACGACCCGGAGGCCAUCCAGCGGCAUCUGGAGUGGCGGCAGAAGAUCCAGGCGCUCAACCAGAAGCUGUGGCAGGCGCUUAAGGUGAUGGAGCCCAUUGUUCCCGGCGCGACGACGCCGCACCCCUUUAUCGCCUUCCUCUCAUACCCGAAGGGUAAGAAGGCGAUCCCGCGCAUCUUCCGCCAUAUCGACCAGGAGCAACGCGUGACCAUCCUCACCAUGAUUGUCGUGCACCUGGAUGCGCUGGAUGUGGUGCGCCGUGCGCACCCGGUACCCGGGGAGGUCCAACCCCCGCCGGCGGUGCGGGAGGCGAUCGAACUCUUCUCGCAGGCCGUGAUGCCCAGCCUCCUUGGGUAUGUGAACGAGGCACCCUUCAACAUCAUCAUCGGCCUGCUGGGCCUGGUGAUCGCCCAGACGCAGGUGCAGGUGGUGGCCAAGACGCGGAUCGGCCUCGGCAUCCUGACCAUGCUGCUCAGCCGGGCCGAGAUCGUCAAGGAGGCUGGUCAGGCGGCGGAGCGCGACUGGCAGCAGUGGGUGGACAAAUUCAACGUCCUUUUCGACACUCUCGAGCCCAUUCUGGCGGAUAUCUUCCCCGGCGCGAUCAACGCAGGCGACGACAUGUACGUCUGGCAGUUCCUGGCUGCCAUCGGUAUCGGCGCCAGCCCAGAACAACAGCAACGUCUAGUGAUUGCAGUCAAGGACCGUGUGAUGGAGACGGUGGCAUAUAGCAAAACCCUCCCCGCCGAUAUGUCGAGUCAACGACUAGGCAACGUCAACCUGUUUAUGCGCGCCAUUGGGCUCGACGUUGAGCUUUUGGGAUAG